GAGCAAUGAGUGUAGACUUUAGAGUCUAUGGAAGGUGUGAGUUCGACGAGUCAUAAACAUAAAACUGAAAUUAGUUCCUGUGCAAUCAUUAACAAGCAUUAGUUGAUAAAAUCAUCAAAAAUGUUUGAAACUUUUUGUUUUUUCUGUCCAGAGUCAAAGUUAUAAAAUAAUAUUCCAGAGCAAUAUUGAAAUCCAAUUGAACGUCUAGUGCUUAGAACUGAAGGGGAAAUAUGAGGUACAAUGACAAAGAAUUAAUACAGUUUUGCAAUGAGAACACACCUAAGUUAGAGGGAGUACUACAGCAUAUGAAGCCUGGAAGUAAAGAAUGGUCAGAUUGGUAUCAACAGUCUACUUUUAAGGAAAGAUAUUUCAAACUAUUUUCAAACUUGCUCUUCUAUUAUAAAUUGAAUGACACAGAACCUAUGGCUGUUUUGGUAUUAGAAAACGCUCAUAUUGCUUAUGAACAAAAAGGCAUUCCUUUUGCGUUUUCCAUAACCUUCAGAGUAAAUAAUAAAGUGCGAGACAAUGAUGUUAAACAUAUAUUUUCAUGUCGGUGUGAAGCUGAUGUAAACAAGUGGGUUUCCUCACUCAGAACAGCUUCUUAUGAAUACUGGCGAACACAAUAUCAUAUACUUAGAGCCAAAAUAAGUAUGAAAACUGGUGAUGAUCCAGUAUUGGAUUACAUGAAGAAUAAUACCCAAUCGAAUCAAGUAUUGAAUAGUAAGAGUAAAAAGACUGUUUCUAAGAAGAAAGCUAGUUUUCAUAGUCAUAUUGGUAUUGAAUUUGAAGAUUCGAAUGGUUUUAUAAGAGUUGAUAAUUAUGAAAGUACAAGGUCCUCAGUUACUGUUUCAAAGAAUUUGAUUGACUUGUGAAAUAGAGUUUCUGGUCAUGAUCUCCUGUUAAUUCAUCUUAAAUUUUAGCCUUUAUUGAUAACAUAGUUAAUGCUUCAACAACUGACUGAUGGAAUGAAAUUUCUUGUCAUGAGGAUUCACACUUGAUCUCCUAUUAUCUCAUCUAAAUUUUUAGCCCUCAUUAAUAGAAGUGAAUGCUUCAAAAAAUUGCUUAUAAGCAGGAGAUGUAUUUUCUUCUGAAAAAAGCAACAAAUCACAACUAGUAACUCAUUUUGCGCUUUCAUACUGGCAUAGUUAACCCUCAAUUUUGAAUUUUUCUCAGAUAUAUAAAAUGUUCAUUAUAUGCUUUUCUAAAAGUGACUCAAAUAGUCAAUAAAUAUGUGGCUCAUUUCCUUCAUCGAGGAAACCAGCACAGAGGAGCAAUUUAUUCAAUUGGUCAUUCAGAUUCAAGAAAUUGAUUUUCUCUAGUCAGUAUUACUUCAUGAAUUUUAAGAUAAUAAUAAUAAUACUCUUCAUUUCAAAUCAUCUCAGGUCUCAAGAAAAGAAAUUUUGUAAAAUUAUUGCAUUAUUUAGUUGUUUCCCCUAUAAUCUUCCAGAAGGAGUUUUCUUGCCCAUAAAACAAAUAGUAUUUUAUUUUACAUUUAAAACAUAGAUAUUCGGAAAAAAAAAUUCUGUUCAGUAUAUGCAAAGUUGUGAUAUUAUUUAAAUGUAGGUCAACAAUAUUUACUUAAAAUGUAUUUCAAUCUCAAAUAAAUAACCUUUUAAGUGUAGAUCUAUUCAGGAUAUUCUUCAGUGAGAAAGUAAAAAAGCAAGUAUGAAAAAAAUCAUUCAUUAUCUUACUUGAGCAAUGUAGUAAAUUGUAUGGACAUCUAUCACUUUCUACCAUUAUCCUGAUACUUAAUUUCCAUUUGUCAUAACUUCAAUACAUCAGGAUUUAAGAUAAUUCAAAUUUUAACACCAUCUUUAUGUAAUUCCUUAGAAUUCACAACUAAUGAGAUUUAAGGAUGUAACUAUUACUUCACAUGUACAAAAUCAAUUCUGAUGCACAAUUCAUGCAUAGUGAUAUUAGUAUUUUUUCCUUAUGAACAAAAGAAUUCUUAAUUGAAGUGAUAUAUUUUUUUAUAGUAAUGAAAUAAAGGAUGUAUUUUUGAAUCGUACAAUAGUAGUUUUGUAUAUUUGUGCACAUAUAUGUGAAAUUAAAAGAUCUUGAAGAAAAA